CAGCGAUCCGUCCCUUUAAAGGUAGUCAAGACGUAUCGAUGAGCUAGAACUUCAACUUUAAGGAUUUAGCAACAAUCUACCGAGACAUGCAAAGUCCACCAAAGCCACAGUUUGCCAACUGGCUCAUAGAGCAGGUGGAGACGGGCCAAUACCCGGGGUUGUCCUUUGUGGACCACAACAAGUUCAGAGUCCCCUGGAAGCACAACUCCAGAAAGGACUGCAAUGAUGGAGACAGUAAAAUAUUCCGGGCAUGGGCAGUAGCCAGCGGCAAAAUUAAUGAGUUCCCCAACGACAAAGCAAGAUGGAAAACCAACUUCCGCUGCGCUCUCAACAACCUCUCGACACGCUUCAAGAUGAUAAAGGACAAUUCCAAGACUAACAACGAGGACCCUCAUAAAAUCUACGAGAUCAUCAACACCGAAAAUCUGGUAAUACAAGACUCCCAGGAAGAUUCAGACAUGGCUCCAGAUAUCAUCACCCCCACCGAGUACUUCCCCUCAGGCAGCGAGAACAAUCUGCUUAACAACCUCAGGGAUUUGGAUCUUGGCAGCCAGUCAACAGAAGAGCAACAGUGGGACAAGAACUACAUCCAACCCAAUGUUCCCGUCAUGGAAAACUAUGCACCUAUUCCAGCACCUGAAAAUCACUCACAGCUUUUACCAGUUCAGCCUGUUUAUUGCGAGGUCAACCCUCCUCAGUUCAUCACUCAACCUCUGCAGCCGACCAUCUUUGACCUGGAGAUUUCCAUCCACUAUAGAAAGAAAGAAAUGUUGAAGACCACACUGCACACUCCCCGUCUCCAGCUGCAUUACUACCAUGAGGCCCCUGAGCUCAAUGCUGAACACCUGUGCUUCCCAUCCACUGAAAGCCUGCUGGACCACAAACAGAUUGAAUACACCAACCGCAUCCUCAAUAGCAUUCAGAAAGGUCUUCUCCUGGAGGUGCGUGAAACUGGUAUUUACGCCUUCAGGCAGGACAGGUGCCACGUGUUCGCCAGCACCAGUGACCCUGUUGUGGCCCAUCCAGAUCCAAGAAAAUUGCCACAAAACACCACAGUGGAGCUUCUCAGCUUUGAGAAGUAUGUAAAUGAACUGAAACAGUUUAGAGAAAACAACGGUGGUUCUCCAGAAUAUACCAUCAACAUGUGCUUUGGGGAGAAGUUUCCAGAUGGCAAACCUUUGGAGAAGAAGCUCAUUGUAGUCAAGGUCGUCCCUCUGAUCUGCCGACAUUUUCAUGAGCUGGCCCAAAUGGAGGGGGCGUCGUCUCUUCACAGCGCCAACGUCAGCCUACAGAUAUCACACAACAGCCUGUAUGAUCUCAUCAGUUCUGUCUUCGGCCUUCCAAUGGUUGAAGAUCCAGCGCACCCAUUCGCAUAUUAGAUCUGAUCUGUCAUGAUUUCCACUUUUUCCUCAUGCACUGGCUCCUGUUAUCAGCUAAAGCUAUCCUGUGACGUGUAAAACUGAAUGGAGUGAACACCAAAAUGUUGCAAAAUGGGCAUUAAUUUGACUUCAUAAGUGUAAAAGUAUAUACAGUCGCGGAAAAAAAAUAUUAGACCACCCUUGUUUUCUUCAAUUUCUUGGUCAUUUUAAUGCCUGGUACAACUAAAGGUACAUUUAUUUGGACAAAUAUAAUGAUAACAACAAAAA